GGAGAGGAAAAGGGGACAUGGCCACCCCAGAGAGAAACUUGGCAGGCACCAGGCUUGCCUCCUGCUCAUCUUGGACGCUCCUGCCUUAGUGGGACAGAUUUGGUUUCCUCUUCCAAAGAGAGGCAGGGCCAGCUCCAGUUCUCUGCUCCAAGGACAGUAUUGCCUUCCAUAUGCAGAAGUAAAUCAGGCUUGCUGGGCCCUCCCAGACCGGUUUCGAAAGCCACAGAGCUUUGGAGUCCUGUCCCCGCUGCUCUGGGAAAGGGUAACCUAACCUGAGUCUCUCUCAGCCAUGAAUUUCGGUUUCACCCAGGAGCAAGUGGCAUGCGUGUGUGAAGUCCUGCAGCAAGGGGGCAACAUCGAGCGCUUGGGCCGCUUCCUCUGGUCGCUGCCAGCCUGCGACCACCUGCACAAGAACGAGAGCGUGCUGAAGGCCAAGGCGGCGGUGGCCUUCCACCGGGGUAAUUUCCGGGAGCUCUACAAGAUCUUAGAGAGCUGCCAGUUCUCGCCUCACAACCACCCCAAGCUGCAGCAGCUGUGGCUCAAGGCCCACUACAUCGAAGCAGAGAAGUUGCGUGGGAGACCGCUGGGGGCUGUGGGGAAAUACAGGGUCCGGCGCAAAUUCCCCCUGCCUCGGACCAUCUGGGAUGGAGAGGAAACCAGUUACUGUUUCAAGGAGAAAUCCCGGAGUGUGUUACGGGAGUGGUACAUCCACAACCCCUACCCAUCCCCACGUGAGAAGAGGGAACUAGCGGAGGCCACCGGGUUGACCACCACCCAGGUCAGCAACUGGUUCAAAAAUCGACGCCAGAGAGACCGUGCAGCCGAGACCAAGGAGAGGGAGACCAGCGAAGGUGGCACUUUGAAGGAUGGACGGGGCCUGCCACGAGAGAGACAUGUCAUCCCCAGCUCCGAUGAUGACAGCUCUCCUAUCGAUAGCCCUGCGGCCCACACAUCCAGUCCCUCACUGCUCUACCCUGGCUUGGCACUCUCCGCUCCCCCGGGAAACUCCACUCACAGUGCCCAAAGGGUGGAUUUUCUGCAGCACCAGCCACUCCAUAACAGCCUCUUGGGUCCCCUCACUUCCACCUUUGUAGAUCUGGGAUCCUGAAAUGGUAAAGUGGAAUACAUACCCCAUCCUCAGUGGAUGGCUCCUCUGUGCUAGCCCUUCCAGACUUCUAAGUACUCUCCUGUCCAACCACU